AUGGCAAACUCCCCAGCUGUAACGGAGGAAUCUCAACCAAAUUAUUCGGCGCUUGCCAUAGAGGAUCUUGUUCGAGACAAAGUUUGGAAGGCACGUGUAUCCGGCUACGGGCGGCUUGCUGAAAUUCUAUCUUCUCUCUCUUCCGCGUCUUCGCCAAUUGAAAUUGUGCGGAAAUAUGCAGACUUAAUGCACCUGAUUCCUAUGGAUUAUAAUGCUGCCGCCUUGGAUGCAGGCCUGGCCCCGCUUAUCUUUUGGAUCAAAGCAUCCAAUUCAGAUCCUUUUUUCAGGUCUGUCCGUCGCGAUUUGAUCGGCCCUUUGGUGGAGAAAGGGCUAAAUUCAUCAAGAACAUCCACGAAGGCGCAAUCGCUCGAAUCGCUUGUCGAAAUUGCCGUUAAAGACGGGACAUCGGUCCUCUUUGUAAGUUUUGGAUGUCGGAUUUUAUUUCAGGAUGCGCUUUCAGAAUUGUUGACGCACAAAAAUGCCAAGGUGGUUGCAUGUGCAAUUUCUGCAGCCUCCUCCAUCAUUCAGGAGCUUGGCACUACACACGCGCAAUGUAAGGGCCUUUUGAGCUCCCUCUCGAGGCUCUUUUCAGAAACAGACAAGGGCGUCAGAGCAGAGCCUCCUGUUGCUCCCAAAAGGAGAUUGGCUAGUGAAAAAAGUGCACCCGUCAUCUCGGUGUCGGCGGAAGAAAAACCUAGUGUCGACGCUUGUGACGACGAACCGUCCUCUUUGGAUUCCAUAGAGUAUGAUAUAUGGGAAUCAGCUCCGGAAGUAGAAAUCUCGGCUCUUUUUCAUUCAACAACAGAAACCCUGCUGGCUUCCGCUUGGAAGGAAAAAAAGGCGCUUUUGGAUGCGCUUGGAGAUGCUUUAAACCCCUCUCCAAGGCUAAAGCUCGCCAGUGGCAGGCUUUUGGAGGAAAUCAUCUGUGCUCUUGGCCGUCUGAUAUCUAUAGAUGUGAACAUUGCCGUGGUGCUCUCCUCCGCCAGAUGUGUUGAGCGGAUUGCACAUGCAACAAGAGCCAAUUUCCCUGCCGGCAAGCAUCCGGUUCUUAUUUUGCACGCUUUGCUUGGUCGCACGCGUGAGAAAAAAAGCUCCGUCGUCGAUUGCUUGAUGGCAGCGGCACAGGCAAUCCUAUCGCGGUGCGCUCCUCCCAUAACGUUCCAAAGCAUCCUUGAGGCUGUUGGCAUUGGGACCGGCACAUCUCUGCUCGGAAACAAGAUCGAGUCUUUACGAUUGCUCCUAUGGUCACUAAAAAAGUAUCGGCUUGUGCCGACCAAAGGCGAGCUUUCUGCGCUUCUGUCGUCCUCAGACCCACCGCUGCACUCGCUCACUGCCGAUAGUGCAGGUGAGGUCCGAGAUAUCGCGUGCGAGGUCUUUGGAGCAUUAUUACUGCGAUGCGGGAACAACAAUCUUAUCCUUCAAAAGGCGUUGGAAACCAUUGGCGACAAGCUCAAAAUAUCGAAAAUACAAGCAUUUUCCAGAGACGACACUUGUUCAUCCGAAAAUGGCGUCGCCCCCAAUUUAUUGUCCACCGCUUCAGGCUCAACACUGAGCACGCCAACCCAGCCGACCAAGCAGAUGGCAACGGCUCCUCGGUCUGCAAGCCAGGCAAAGCCUAUCAAAAUUGGAGCAAAGCCUUCUCAUACUUCUGUGAAGCCAUCGACCAUUGGUGCUUCCAACCAAAAGGCUGCUCACGACAUCGAUAAGAACUGCCUCACACUUCCGGAGCCUACUAUGUCCGAGUCGACGGCAAAAGACAUGAUAGGUGCAAUUGUGCCAACGUUGCUGAAUCCCAGCAGCAAUUGGAAGGAACGGUUGGCUACGGUGGAGCGGUCGGUUGAUCCCCUUUGUGCCGCUGUCAAGGGAAAACAAAUUACCCUUGAAAGCCUUGUGAUGGCUACGUCAUCAAAUAUUUCAUCCGAAUCUGUCGUGGCGGUAAUCUUGGCGCAGUUGAAUAUGCUUGAGGCCACGAUCGCAUCGAUCGAGUCGCAGGCCUCCCAAUUUUGUGUCGAUGCCCAACGCUCGUUGUCUUCUCUGCUUACCAUUGCCAUGAAGUGCCUCGGCGAUUUGAAGGCAUCUGCGCCAUUUUCAAAAUUGGUUUUAACCAUCGAGCGCAUUUGCAGUGAGCGAAACGGCAAGACUGCAGAAAUAUUAACGUGUUCGCUUAUAAACGCACUGGGCAAGGCCUCUUCGUUUCCAAAGGCAACAAUGGGCGCCUUUUCGCUUUGCUCUUUACUUGUUCCGCGCAUGUGUUCUAAAGCUUCGCCUCUGGAUCACUCUUGCGUUGAGCUGAUGAAAGGAUGGAUUUCGUCGCACAUGGCUUCGGCUCAACCGGCACUGAGAAAUGCAGCGCUCUCCUUUGCAGGCCUUGUCUUGUCGCAUCAUAAUCUGGCUCCUAUGGGCUAUGCUUCUCUGGGGCUUUCAAAGCCUCCCGAACUGUCUACAUGUUGUUCCCAUCCUUGCUCGCGAGAUUCUCGAGACAUUCAUCCACCCGCACCAGGGUCAUCAGCACCAGCCAACAAUAUGCCAUUUACGGCAAAUGUCGUUCCGCAGACACAACCCGAUGUUGAACUUCCCACCGCGCUAUGCACAGCUGUUUCUGCUUCUUCUUCUUCUGCGCCCCAUGCAAUACUCAUCAGUCCGUGUACGAUGGCAACACUGUGCUCUUCGGCUUGGAAAGAAAGGAAGGCAGCUUUGGAUGCGAUUUCGAUGCAAAUUUCGGAGUUGCCCGAGUUUUCGAUUACCGGGACGGUCUCCUUUGCAGACCUUGUUGAGCAGCUAAGUAAACGAUUUGAGGACUCGAAUAAAAACAUCGCAGUGCAGGCGCUCGAGCUGUUCCGAUGCCUGAUUUCUCGGAUUGACCUGGACUUUUCAAACUGCUUCCGCACCAUAUCCAACGUGUUGCCUGUGCUGAUCAACUCGCUUUCGGACUUGAAAAGCCCUAAUAGAGUGGCGGCACAUGCUGCGCUAACGUCUGUUGCCACCUUUGCUGGGGAGAACCAUAUUGCGGCUCUUAUUUCCGAGGUGCUGGGGCGUGUCGAUGGCCAUCCUCAAAUGAAGAAGGAAAUCCUGCUUUGGUUGGACAGCAACCUUCCUACAUCCAAUUCGGAUGGCCGUCUUGAGGACGUUGGUGCAACCAGUCUUCCCACAAAUGAUCGGGGAGCAGCUUAUUCGCUAGAGAUGGCCAACGCCCUAGUUGGUGCCGGGUCGACAUCCAAAUUUUUCCUCGCAUCCUUUCUUCCAAGCAUGCUACAAGAUCGCCUUCCAGAGUGUCGUCGGGCAGCCCUCUCCAUUUUAGGGAAACUUGUGUUGGUGCUAGGAAUGGACGUCGUUAAAGCUUCUAUUUUGCAGCACUCUCAAAAAGGGUCCCCUCUUCUACCGGCAAUUUCUAGUUUGAUGGGGACAAGUCUAUCAUGCUCGACAUCAAUGGGCUCCUCGACAAACAUUCCACAACUGCCCUCUGCAUGUCGUACGACACCGCUCAAAACGCUUGGGUUAAAUUCGCCAAUGCAGAACGGAUCGCUUCAAAUGGGCGUCUCCGGUAAAGGUCCCCUCAGUAGUUCUUUUGAUGGCAUCAAUCGCUCUUGUUCCCCUGCUCCUUCAAGUCGAAUUCCGACAGUCCAGCCGGUUGCAUCAUUCCCUUCCAUCAAUUUUCCGUUUUCCGCAGCGUCAGUACCAGCAUUGCCUUCUCCGCCGUUUUUGGCAGACCUUUCUAAUAGUGUCCUUGUGCAAAGACUGGUCUCCGUGCUUGAUACCUCCAUAAACAAUGGAGCGCCUCUUUCGAUCAUCGAAUCUCUUCGUAGCCAACGAAUGCGGGACAGCACCCCGCAGGCAGAUAUGAUUGCGCUUAUUGGAAGGCAAUCGGUGCCCAUGCACAUCCAGAACCCAAUCUCCCCGCAAUGGCGCGCUGCCGAUUCGCUUCUUGAGAUUGGGAUCUUUUGUCCCUCAUGGGUGCGCUCGCUGCUGCUUUCAGAUGAAAAGGUGCUUUUGGCGGCACUGGAGGCGCUUCGGACAGCCAUUCCAUCACAUCUGCUCUCCAAGGCCAUUGUUUCAGUGAUGGCAGAGCCACUUCUCCGGUCAGUUAUGAUGUGCGUGAUUGGGAGAGGCGAUUUCACGGACACUUUAUCUUCAAAAUCAAUGGAAAUGUCGUCAAGGGCGCAGAUAUCAUCGAGUGCUGUAAUGCUGUCGGCUCUAGAUGCUAUUGAGGAAAUAUCUGGGACCCUUGAAAGUCAUAGUGGCCGCUUGGCAGCGUCCGAGGCCACUCACUUGGCCCUAUUCCUUAUCUCGCUCUCGACACUUGAUCCCAGAGAGGCGGUUCGCCAGCGAGCACGAAGGUUCCUCACAGAUGGGUUCCUGCGGAUUUAUCCUGCAAGCAAGCUAUUGAGCCCCCUUCUUAUUGAUCUUGUUGAGGCAACUUCCGCUGGCAUGUCGAUGCAGGAGUCAUCAAAAGAGGUGGCUUCUGAUCCCUCAGGCCUGCUUGCCUUGGCGUUGCCGCUUGCUGCAUCUGUAAGGGCUCGGUCUGAGCUUGCAGAUCUCGCAUCUACGGUCAUCCAACGCGUGGGUCCCAUCCUCCUUGCUUCCAAUAGUUCAGAUACCGAGUCUAGGGUUGGGCCAGAGGCAACCUCUGGAUUGAGGCCAAAGUCAGACUCCAGGCCAGACUCCAGGCCAGAAUCGAAAUCGGUCCCAGAGUUUGACAUUUCAGAGCUCUCUCGGAGAAUCGUAGAUGUUGCUGCCAUGGCCCUGGCGUGCAAUGAAAGCGAUUCACUGGUACGGAGAUCUCUAAUCGGAAUGCUUUCUGCUCUUGCCUCUGCCAUUCCGGCCACUCAACUAGUAGAGCUUCUUAAGGGAAAGUUUGGAGAAUUUCUCUCCUGUGGACGAACUAUCAUCGGAGGGGAUGCGGAGCUUGCGUCUAUCAUAGAAAAGAUCAUAGUAUCGACACAGAGGGUUUUGCCAAAUUCCCCAAGACCCUUUCUACACGCGGCAGCUUUGGGCUCGCCUUUGGCACAGACAAAACGAGCAGCAAAUGCCAUGGGCGGUUCGCCAUUGUCAGCCCACCUGCGGCAGCGGAAAAAAGAUUUGCUUGCAAAGCUUGAUGCGGCGCAAGACGACGAAGAAAGACUCCCGGCUUCUCUUGCAGAUCUCUCGAUGGAUAAUAUUUGCGUCAAUCCGGAGGGAAUGAUAGAAAUUGUUGAUGGGCACCAAUCAAGCGAUAGCUCUUGUGCAAUCAAAGGUCAUGGCGAUCCUAUAGAAGCGAAUCUUGCCCACGAUCCAGUUGAUGUCAACAUUGAGCUGCUUUUGCAGCAAAUAUCAUCUCCAGAGAGCGCGACGGCCCUUGAGGCUGUUGGGGUACUUUCAUUCAAGCUUCCUUCAUCUACGGGAACGGGUUCUCGCUCCGAUGCCGCAGAGUGUUCAUUACUUGCCCCAUAUACCCAAAUGCUCUGUGUAGUACUUUGCCGGAGAAUCAAAAAGGCUCUUUCGUGCAAGCUUUCAAUGGAAGAAACUCGGGUUGCAGAAGAAGCGCUCGGAACUCUGCUAGCAGUGGCUCUCAAUGCCUCUCUGCUGGAAACUGUUAGGCGCCCAGGAAUCGAGGCCCUGUUUGAUCUGCUUCUCUCUUCAGGCCUAUUGCAAGUUGUGGAGGCAGAGAGCUCCUCUGCCACGUUGCCGCUUAUUUCAAAUCUGGUGCUAAAGGCAGUGAUCUCGAACGCCCAUCCGGGCCAUGUAAUUGGUCUGCUCAUAGAGUGGUGCUCAACAGUCGUGUCGACCGGUUCGCCAUCCCCCAGUCCAUCCAUCACGGGAGAGACAGUUCUGCAAUGUCUAUGGCGGGCAUCGAGGAACUUUGAGAUCUUUCUAGGAAAAGGAACCGGAUCUCCAUAUCAGCACCGAGACGUGCUUGCUGAGAUUCUGUCCUCGUGUCUCUACUUUAUCCGGCGAAAUCCGGUUUCUGCUUGGAGCUCCUAUAAAGGCAUCAAUGAGACCACGGUUCGAAGCAUCAAGACGAUCCUGCAACAAGUAGCAAGAUGGGCAGCCUGCUCAAACGUAUCCCUCAAUACUGUUGUUCCACCUGUUCGAAAUGUCCCCAAUGAAGGCGAGGCUAGCGAAUCCCUUCAUCUGCUACUUUCGCAUCUGACUGGAAACGACAAGUCCGUCUCUGCCAAUGACGUGGGUGGUAUGGAUACAGCCAAUGACCAUGGCUCGGGUGAUGCGGAUGCAAGUUUUGACCGUCGUCCCAACAAUGAUGGCGGCAGUGGAAAUGCAGAAAUGACCAUCGAUGCAUAUCGAAGUCGACUCUCCGGGUACACAAGUGAAUUUUAUCGGUUGACCGGUGCAGAUGGAUCUAUCGCCACGAAGCCCGUGGACUCUCCUGUGAGCGAAAUGAAAAAAGCAACCCUUUUGGCAUCUUCUAAUCUGUCUAUCCAAAUCUCAUCGAUCAAAGAGAGGCUUGCUAAAAUUAGGGACUCGCGCUAG